GUUAUUGGUCGUCGACGUGUUUGUAAAGCAGUGUGCUUUACUGCUGCUCAGUGUGCUAUUUGCUGUUCCUCUCCAAGCCCUGCUGCACAUGAGCUCAUCGUUCAUGCCUCGGAGUCACCCAAUUUUAUUCUUCUGAUUCAACGUUAAUAUUUUUCUAUCCUUGAGUUGAAACUGAAGAAGGAGCAUCUCCCAUUGAUUGACAAGGAGGGUAGCAGCCAUGACCAGCAUUGGAACAGGGUAUGAUUUGUCGGUGACCACAUUCUCUCCGGAUGGGCGGGUAUUUCAAGUCGAGUAUGCCUCCAAAGCGGUUGACAAUAGCGGGACUGUUGUGGGCAUCAAGUGUAAAGAUGGUGUCGUCCUGGGAGUUGAGAAACUCAUUUCCUCUAAAAUGUUACUAGAGGGCUCCAACCGAAGAAUUCAUGCUGUGGAUCGUCAUGCAGCCAUGGCCAUGGCAGGCCUGGCAUCUGAUGGUAGGCAGAUAGUAACCAAGGCCCGUGCUGAAGCCUCUGAUUACCGAAGUUUUUAUGGUGAGGAGGUCCCUAUUGGAGAACUUUGUGAACGUGUUGCGCAUUAUGCUCAUCUGUGCACACUUUACUGGUGGCUCAGACCUUUCGGUUCAUCAGCAAUCCUCGGAGGUUACGACCGUGAUGGUCCUCAACUGUACAUGAUUGAGCCCUCUGGUGUCGCUUAUCGUUACUUUGGAGCAGCAGUUGGAAAGGGUCGGCAAGCUGCAAAGACUGAAAUCGAAAAAUUGAAUUUGACAGAGAUGACCUGCAGACAAGGGGUCAUUGCAGUUGCCAAGAUCAUUUACGGUGUACAUGAUGAGGCCAAAGACAAGGCUUUUGAGCUCGAGAUGAGUUGGAUUUGCGAUGAAUCCAACCGCGAGCAUCAACGGGUUCCAGCAGACUUAUUGGCUGAAGCCAAGACAGCUGCCAAGGAGGCACAGGAAGAAGACAUGGAUGCUGACUAAGAGGGGAUUUCUAGGGGGUUUUGGAGAAUCAACUUUUAUUUUAUUCAUACAAGGUUGAGAGAUACAUUUGAAAAUUUUACUCGAUCGCUGGUAAUCCCAAGUGUAAGAUCUUGAGUGAUGUUCUUCCAUGUGUAUUCUGCAUAGCUGGUGCUCGACUUUCUUAAGCAAAUAGAUGAGAGGGCUUUUUGUACUUGGUGCUUCACAUGUCAUCCUUUCUCACGCCUUCACCGAAAUAUAUCAGUUAUGUUGAAUCUCGUUUCCUAAGGAUUCCAGCAUCCUCAGUAAAUGAGCAAAACAUGGAAAAGCACUGUCUACGAUGAA